AUGGUUAGAAAUCUCAAGCGGGCAAAAAAGAAAUUUGAAAAGGAAACCGGGUGUAGAAAUACGAAUGCAUUUGACUUUAUGCCAUCAACUUUCGAGCUGCCGAUGGAGUAUCAUAUGUUUCUAGAGGAAUUCAGGAGAAAUCCUGGGUCGAUUUGGAUUAUGAAGCCUGUUGCGAAGUCACAGGGUAAAGGGAUUUUCCUAUUUCGACGGUUAAAGGAUAUUGAAGCCUGGAAAAGGGGAAGUAGCUUCAACUACUUCACAAAGAAUGAGGUUAAUGCUGACGCAGACGCCAAGGAACUACCUGAACACUAUGUGGUUUCGCGCUACAUUGAUAAUCCAUAUUUGAUCGGUGGGAGGAAAUUUGAUUUGCGAGUUUACGUGCUUGUUACUUCUAAAACGGCGCCUGAUUAUGAUGCGAUGAAGGGCUGCAAGUGGUCUAUCUGUCGUCUUCGACGGUACAUGCUAGCCAAACACGGAUUUGAAAGGGUGGCCAAACUCUUUCGGGAAAUCGAUAAAAUUUUCAUUUUGAGCCUGCUGAGCGUCCAGAAGGUGAUGAUCAGCGACAAACACUGUUUUGAGCUCUACGGCUACGACAUCCUCGUAGACAACAGUCUCAAACCUUGGCUCCUCGAAAUAAAUGCCUCGCCAUCUUUGACUGCGAGUUCAAACGAAGACUACGCCUUGAAAGUUAAGCUGUUGGGUGACACCUUAAAUGUGGUUGACAUGGAGGGUCGGCUUAAUGGAGACGAACGGCGCAUAGGAGAUUUCGAUUGCGUGUGGGACGGGGGUCCUGUUGCUCCUAUUGCCAAUGCAUCUAAAAGCCUUCUCUGUGAGUUGCAGGACGGUUUAAACCCAGCUGUGUCAACGGGCCUGCAGUUCUCGCAUCAGGUUCGUCUCUCGCAGCAGGCGCCAUCAGGAACUACGGGCAACAGCCGCGUUCAACAAAAUAAUGGCAAAAAAAACUUUGUGGAUUGGCUUCCACUGUCUCCCCUCAAUUCGUACUUAGGUUGCUUGACACUCCGUAAAUACUUUGAAGAUGAGGUGUAUACGUACAAAGGAUUGAGCUGA